AUGUCCGACCAAUCGCAGUUUAUCGUGUCGAAAGUUGAAUUUGAGAAUCCCGUCCACCAUGCUGGCGUCCAGCAUGAUGUAGAAGGUGGACGGGGAAGUAGCGAAUUUAUUUUUUUUCUGCCUGAUCGUCUUCUUUCACACCUCAACGCAACAGCUGGCUGCCUAGCUGUGCCUGAGAAUGCUACCGGUCCACACAUGGCGCUGGCUUCCUCUCUGACGGAGAAGAGCCUGGCCAAGUUUCGCACGAAACCCUGCGAGAGGCUCCUCACGAAGAACGAGUGUAGCUUUGGAGACCGCUGUCAGUACGCGCAUUCUGUGCCGCGGCGCAACCCGAAACAUGUCUCCUACUCGCCGGAAAUGUGUUCUUCACCUGCGACAUGCCACCUCGGAGACGCAUGUCCAAAGGCGCACACCGUGGAGGAGUGCCUGUAUCAUCCCACCAUGUACCGCACGCAACUGUGCCCGGAGAAGAAGCAGUGCACCAUGUUCUACUGCCCCCACGCUCAUGCCGAAGAAGAGCUUCGUAGAGAAUUCGCUCCUCCAGCUCUGGCCCUCCCGGCUCAUCCGUUACAAACUUCGACGAGAUCGUCUGGGCCCUUGCAGCCGGGCAUGGUGAGAUGCGAGGACCCGCCGAGGUGGUGGCCGGCUGGGGACCAGAAAGAUCUGCAUGUCCGAAAUUCCGGUGAGGUGCCACCGUUGCAGUCCUACGGAUUCGAGCUUUGCGGUGGCCUCGUGCGGCCGGCAAAGUAUGUGCCUGACGCAGGGCUGGAGGCGCAGCCCUGUUUUGCCAAACUACUUUCGACGUCCAGGAGCGAAAGCCAGCUGGCAAAUCGCGUGGUCAAAGAUCUGAAGCGCUGGCUGUCCAAAACGCCCCUUCCAGCACCAUUCUUCCUGCGCCGCACUGUCGCCACCACAGCCUUGGCGGUGCCAUCGCAUUUCCGAGUUUUGGGCAAGACAUUGGAGUCCUUGCCAAAUGGAGUGCUGCAGGAGGCGCGCAAGUGCUGGGCUGUGACGCAGCUGGUUGCAAAAUGGAUCCGACAGCUGGUCAACGGCUUGGAGGCGCUCCAUGAUCUUGACAUUGCGCACAGCUGCAUCGGUCCAAGCACGAUUUUGGUUGGGCCCGGUGUUGGUGGAUUGGACAUACGGGUGGGCGACUUUCUGGGGAAGGUGACGACUCUGCGGUGCUUGGAGAAUGGUUGCAGCUCUCUUGAUGAGUCCUGGGCCAUGUGGUACCCUGCAGAGGUCCACUUGCACGUCUCGACAGCGGUGCCGGCAGGAGCAACGCACUUCAGCUCAAAAACGGCCCCCCCAGAUCUCAUGAGGGUGGACUCCUGGCAGCUGGGUGUGCUGAUCUUCUUCUUGCUGACCGGAGCCCAUCCCUUCGGGAAUGUCGAUUGCCCUGGACAUGUCUGUUCGAACAUCCGAGCGGGCAACGUCGCGAAUCGGAAGAAACUUGAGGAACUUCCCUUGUUCUUGGAGCUCGUGGACCGCCUCAUCGCUUCCGAACCCCACAGACGUCUCAAGGUCUCGCAGGUUUCGGGUCACCCCGUCUUCUGGGACCUCCAGGAGGGCAUCGAAUUCGCCAAGCCACUGCUGACGGAUCCCCGACGAGCUCGUGAACAAGAAUGGCUUUACCACCUGCCCUGCUUCGCGGUUUUUGCGCCACCCACCCGUGAUGUGCCCCGCCUAGAACUGCUGUCAAAGCUUUGCCAGAAAGUCCUCGACAUCGGCAACAAGCGUCGAAGCCCUCACAAAGGACUUGGCACUAUUUGCGUGCAAUUGCUGUCCGAGAUCGACCGUCACCGGCCAGUGCAAGCUCCUCAACAUGCACCGGCCAAAUGCGCAUCUUCACCGCCAAGUGGCAUUCCGCCACCGCGGCCAGAUGUAGCGACGUAUUUCCAAGCAGGAAUGCGCAGAGGCGCGGAGCUCAUGGCCGGCUUCGCCCUCGACUCGCUGAUGCAGCCUCCACCGGGAUUAGGUCACAGCAUGACUCCGGAGCUUCUGCACAGGUGCAGCUUGGCAGCCGCAGAGAUGGUGCUGUACCAGCAGCAUUGUCAGGCUCACAGACAAGGACUGCAUCAGAUGGGACACGAAGCACAGGACUGGCACUACGGACACAUUCCCCAGCAAGAUUUCUCCCUCUACCACCCAGACCCGGAUGGCCACAGCAUGCUUAUGCACGAGUACGACACCUGCGCCUGGCAUCGGUAUCCCUCCACGCUUCAGCAAAGGGGUGGCGCUGGCUCUCCCAGUCGCGCUGAAGGCGCAUCUCUGCUGGAAGCACCUCGCACGCCUGAGGUUGUCCGCACAAGUCGCCCCGAGCCGGACUCCGCAGAGAAGUUGGCGCGGCCUCCGGCCAAGGCGGAUGUGGCGCGUGCGGAUGAAGCCCAGAAUCAGAAGAUCUCCACACCCGGGUGCCGCUCCACUGCUGUGAAUGGCAGCCCAGAGGACCACCUGCUGCCUUCUGCGCCUCGGCCAGAUGUUGGUCAGAUGAAAGGGGCAGCAAUGCUAGCGCAGAGCUACUUCUGA